CUGCCGUGUCUCUUGAUAAGAGGUGCUUGAAACUAUUUAUAGAGCUGCGGACUACGCAGUUGCAUACUGCAGAAUUGGAAACGCUUCAAAAUGUGCUCUCAAGAAGAUUCGCAGGUCCGCGCUUUCGUAUCCCAAAGAACGGUCUUCGCAAGCUGUGUCCGACCGGCCACAUUAGUUGUGAACGGUGAGAAAAUACAGGAAGUAUUGUACGACGCCGAUGAAAACGUCACGCGACAUUUGUCAGAGAAGUAUCCCGGCAUUUUGUUUCACGAUUGCGGCUCGUCAGUAUUGAUGCCUGGGAUAAUAGACUCUCAUGUGCAUGUAAAUGAGCCCGGUAGAACCGAAUGGGAAGGAUUCCACACCGCUACACGGGCGGCCGCGGCCGGCGGUGUCACUACGAUCGCCGAUAUGCCUCUAAAUUCUAUUCCGCCCACUACAACUUUGGACAAUCUGAAAGUUAAAGCGAGGGCGGCGUACGCGAAAACGUUCGUGGACGUCGCGUUCUGGGGCGGUGUGAUACCCGGGAAUCAGCAUGAACUACUAUCGUUGAUACGCGCAGGCGUAGUUGGUUUCAAGUGCUUUCUAUGUCCGAGCGGAGUCGACGAAUUUCCACAUGUCUCUACGGACGACGUGGAAAAAACUUUGAUGGAGUUACUGUCAACAAAAACUGUGUUAGCUUUUCACGCAGAAUACGGGCAGCAUACGAAGACGGAUGCGUCUACUGACGACGCAAGAUUGUACGACACUUUUUUACAAUCUCGACCCGAUCUCAUGGAACUAGACGCCGUAAAAUUAAUUUGUGACUGGUGCAUGAAGUAUAACUUUCGGUGCCACAUCGUGCAUUUGUCAAGCGCGGAGUGUUUGGCAUUGAUAAAUCACGCUAAGGCGCACGGAGCACCUUUGACCGUGGAAACAUGCUAUCACUACCUGAUACUCACCGCGGAAGAAAUACCAAAAGAAUCCACUGAAUUCAAGUGUUGUCCGCCGAUUAGGAAGAAAAUUAAUCGAGUAAUUAGAUGGAACUUUGUGUUGCACGUUAUUUGUUGCCGUCUAAUGAUUUCAAGUGCAAUCGAACAAUUGUGGCACGGCAUUAAAAACAAAACGUUAGAUAUGGUCGUCUCGGAUCAUUCGCCAUGUGUGCCAGAAUUGAAAACACGCGGAGAUUUUUUGACUGCUUGGGGUGGAAUCUCUUCGUUGCAAUUUGGAUUGUCGCUGAUGUGGACAGCCGCGAGAACGAGAGAUAUAUCAUUUUCCGAUGUCUCGAAGCUAUUAAGCAGCCAGCCGGCGAGAUUGUGCGGUCUCGAAGACCGCAAAGGCCGUUUAUUGGAAGGUAUGGAUGCGGAUUUCGUUAUUUGGGAUCCAGACGACACCGUUAAGAUCGAGAUAGAAAAUAUAUAUCACAAGAACAAAUUAACACCGUAUCAAGGAAAGAUUUUAUAUGGAAAAGUAAUCGCGACUGUUCUCAGGGGGCAAUUUAUUUUUAAAGAUGAAAAAAUCUGUGAUAAACCUAUGGGGAACUUACUGUUGAGUGCAAAUAUUUUGCAAACAAUACAAACCUAGUAAAAAUUGUUUUAUUUUACAACUUAAAAAUUUUUCGAUUACAAU